AUGAAUCCCAAUCAAAAAUUGUCACACACACCGGAGUUCGAGAUCCCUCCGGUUCCUGAAGCUGUUUCGGCACCAGGCUCACCUCAUCAAACCGAAACCAGCCACCAUGUGAUUGCUCCAACCAAGGAGACAACUGGCGACAUGGAAGAAAAACCUGUGGUGGCUCCAACCGAGGAGCCUACCAAGGAGGUGAAGCCUAGGAAGGCAGUGAGAAAAGAUUCAGUCAAAAAACAAGUCCGUCGCAGCCGUCAAAUCUUUGAUCAAUCUCACGGGGACGGAAGCAUUUCUGCGUCGGCCGGUUACCUCUUGAAGAACGACGGACAUCAAGAAGGCUCGUUGUCCCAACGUCGAUGUACCUGA